AUGCGAGGGGGAGUGUCCAUGCCAGACGUCCAUGGUACUGGAGGAUGCAGGGUGGCUUUAGAUGUUGGUCCCGAUCGAUGGCUGUUCGGAAAUGCAGAAGGAGGAAUAUUUGCAAAGUUGAUGCCCCAUGAAGAAUAUUUUGAAAAGGGUUUAUAUACAUUCUAUAUUGGCCAAAAUGAUCUCGUUGCUGGAGCUCUUAGUGUGUCUGUUGAGGAAGUGAAUGCAUCUGUUCCUGCUAUGGUCAAUGCAUUUUCAACAAUGUUCAGCGCAUAUACAACUGGGGAGCUAGAUCGUUCUGGACUUCAUAGCACUGGACCAAUUGGUUGCCUUGGUUAUAUUUUAGUUGGUUUUCCCGCAGCAGGGAAAGAUGAUGCUGGUCGCGCAAAGCCUUACAGUGAAGGAGACGAUAAAUUUGAUGUGAUUUCUCUGCAAAUUGUAGGAUUUGAGCUUCCUCUUGUAAUAUGUUGUUGUUAUGGCAACAAGCAUGCCUUUGGCAGUACUGCGGUAUGUGGAGCAAUCUUCACAGUAAAGGGUACACACAGAAAACAGUAG